UCAAAGUCGUGGACAUUCUGGUAAGAAUAGAAAUUCCAGUGGGGGCAGAGGGAAAGGCAAUUUUGGCGGUAGCUCAGAUAGUGGGGGAAAGGGCGGUGGCAACAACAACCGCAAUGGUGGCCAGUAGCAACCCCCCCUAAUCAGUGGACCUCUGGGCAGCAGUGGAUGCAGUGGCCAUGGAUGCAGUGGGCUGUACCCCCAUGUCCACUUCCUACUGGACAAUGGGCCAGGCCCAACAUGAAUUUCCGACAGCAGCACCAACAGCCACAUCCCGGUAUUCUUGGGCCCCGUCCUCAGCAGGCUUACUCGGCUACAACUCCUCCUCCAACUGAUAUUGAGGUUGCAAUGCACACCCUCGGUAUUACUCCUCCGGAUGCAAACUGGUACAUGGACACCGGCGCCACUUCUUAUAUGACAUCCGAACAAGGUAAUCUCACGUCUUAUUUUAAUUUGAGCAAUAAUCGUGGUAUAACUGUUGGAUUUACAGACGGGGAUGCGUCUAAUGAGAUGUGAGAGUUGGGGCGAGCUUUAUCCCAUCACCAAGCCACAUGUCUCUUCCCAUUCUACCGUUGCUGCUUUAGCUCCCUCCUUAUGGCAUGACCGUUUGGGCCACCCGGGAGCGCAUAUUUUGAGUUCUCUUAGGAAAAAUAAUUUUAUUGAAUGUAAUAAAUCUGGAAAUUCUAGUGUUUGUCAUUCAGGUCCUCUUGGGAAACAUAUUAAAUUGCCGUUUGUUACUUCAAAUUCUACUACUAUUAUGCCAUUUGAUAUUGUUCAUACUGAUCUUUGGACAUCACCUGUUUUGAGUUCUACUAGUCAUCGGUAUUAUAUAUUAUUGUUGGAUGAUUUUUCUAAAUUUUUAUGGACCUUUCCAUUAUCUAAAAAAUCCGAUACUUAUUCCACCAUAUUAAAUUUUAGAACAUUCAU